AUGAUGGUGAGGAAUUGUGUCUUAGGCUGGUUAUUAACAAUCCACUUGUCCCUGGUGACGGCAUGGUAUUUACCAGGGAUAUCACCGAUCAAUUAUUGUCCACCACCGGUUGAUAGUGAAAGUAACUGCAAGAGUGAGAUUACUUUACUCGUUAAUAAGUUGACUUCAAAGAAGUCGUUUAUCUCUUUCCGCUAUGACUCGUUUGAUUUCUGCAGUUUGUCUUCAGAGCCAUCUCCUGUCGAAAAUCUCGGUCAGGUGGUGUUUGGAGAACGUCUAUCACCAUCGAGUUAUGAGAUUAUAUUUGGCAAAGAAGAGACAUGUAAAGUCCUUUGUUCGAAAAAAUACUCCCAUACUGACUACAAGAAAUAUUUAUUUAUUACCAAGGCUAUUAUGAUGGGCUAUGAGCACCAUUGGGUUAUAGAUAACUUACCAGUUACAGUUUGUGUGCAAACUGUAGGCGGAAAAAAGUAUUGUAAAACUUCUAUUCCACUUGGAUGCUUUGAAGGUAAUCAGGAUAAAUCGGAUUCUGUGUGUUUAGGAAUACCUUUGGCCAAACAUCGCACGAUCUUGUUGAAUCAUGUCAGUCUGCACAUUGUCUAUCAUCCAGUUAAAGAUUCGUGGAGUAGUGCAGGAAAUGUUAAAGCUGGACGUAUUCUGUCAGUGAUUGCCACUCCUAGUAGUAUUGCUCAUCCAAACAAUGCACCGGAUUGUACAUCAAAGCAGUCAUUAAUACUCCCGCCUGAUUUAAAGGAUGAACUUAAAAUAACUUACACAUACAGCGUAACAUUCGAAGAGGAUCUAACGCGUAAAUGGUCAUCUCGUUGGGAUUAUAUUUUGGACACAAUGCCUCAAAGUAACAUUCAAUGGUUAUCUAUUUUGAAUUCAUGUGUGUUAACAUUAUUCCUUUCUGGUCUUCUUGCAACCAUUCUUUUGCGAACACUACGUCGUGAUAUUGCUCGUUACACAGAACUUGAAAGCGCUACCGCUGUUCAAGAGGAAUCUGGCUGGAAAUUAGUUCACGGUGAUGUAUUUCGUCCGCCUAACUGGGGUAUGCUUUUCUCAGUUGUAGUCGGCUCAGGAGUUCAAAUCUUUCAAAUGUUAUUGGUCACCCUAUUCUUUGCAUGUCUCGGAUUUUUGAGUCCAGCCAAUCGUGGUGCGUUGAUGACUUGUGCUUUGGCUGUAUUCGCUUGUUUAGGAGCUUCUUCAGGUUAUGCUUCAGCUCGAAUCUACAAAUUUUUCGGCGGUUUGCGAUGGAAAACUAAUGUUAUACUAACUGCAACAGUUUGUCCUGCCUUAGUUUUUUCAACGUUUCUUAUUUUGAAUGUCGCACUUUGGAUUUUGGAUAGUGCAACUGCUACUCCAUUUGGUACUAUAGUGGCACUUUUAGCACUUUGGCUUUGUGUUAGUCUACCCUUGUGUUUUCUUGGAGCAUUCUUCGGUUUCAGGAAGCCAGUAUUUGAAACUCCUGUUCGUACUAAUCAAAUACCACGACAAAUACCUUACCAAAGUUUAUAUAGUAGACCGUUGAUGGCAUUUUUCAUUGGUGGAUUAUUGCCGUUCAGUUGUAUAUUCAUUCAAUUAUUUUUUAUAUUCAAUAGCAUAUGGGGAGCACAAUUUUACUAUAUGUUUGGUUUUCUAUUCUUAGUUUUCAUUAUGCUGGUUAUUACAAUAUCUGAGACAUCUAUACUAAUGUGUUAUUUUCAACUGUGUGGAGAGGAUUAUCGCUGGUGGUGGCGUUCACUAUAUACAGGAGCUGGAACAUCAUUCUAUUUAUUUGUUUAUUCCAUUCAUUAUUUUGUGACACGUUUAGAAUUUCAAGAUGCAGUCUCGGCAUUCCUUUAUUUCGGUUAUACAGCCAUCAUUUUAUGGCUUAACUUUUUAUUUACCAGUUCUAUUGGCUUUUACGCGUGUUUCUGGUUUGUUCGAAAAAUUUACGGAGUUGUAAAAGUCGACUAA